CUCUCUCGCCGGCGAGCGCGUGUCGAGAUGCCCGCCCCCGCCGCGGCGGCGGCGCGCUGCUCGCUCCCCAUCCUCCUCCUGCGGCGGCAACCGCCGGCGCUGCGCCUCGCCGCCACCCGCCGCUUCUUCUCCUCCCGCUCCUCCGGGAUGCGGCGCGUCAGCGCGGCCGCGGUCGCGGGGGCAGGGCGCGGGUCGUCGCCGGCGUACGGCGGGCUGCUGCUCGACGCCGGGGGCACGCUGCUGCAGCUGGCGCGGCCGGUCGGCGAGACCUACGCAUCCCUCGGCCGGCGAUACGGUGUGAGUAAGCCCGAGGAGAAGAUCAUGGAGGGAUUCAAGCGGGCCUUCUCGGCGCCAUGGCCGAAGACGCUCAGGUACCAGGGCGAUGGACGGCCGUUCUGGAGGAUUGUGGUGGCAGAAGCAACCGAUUGCACCAACAAUGACUAUUUCGAAGAAGUAUAUCAGUACUACGCUCGUGGAAAUGCGUGGCGUCUGCCUGCUGGUGCUUAUGAAAUGCUGCAUGAUUUAAAGAAUGCUGGAGUUAAGCUAGCUGUGGUAUCUAACUUCGACACACGCUUACGCAAAUUACUUAAGGACCUCCAUGUCUCAGAUAUGUUUGAUGCCAUUGUUGUAUCAUCAGAGGUUGGACAUGAGAAACCUGCUCCAGAGAUCUUCAAAAUAGCAUUAGAUCAAAUUGGUGUGGAGGCUGGCAAGGCAGUACAUGUCGGAGAUGAUGAAACUGCAGACAAGGCUGGUGCUAAUGGUAUAGGGCUUCAGUGCUGGCUAUGGGGAGAGGAUGUGAAGACAUUUGCCGAGAUACGAGACCGAAUACUAACAAGAUUUCCAGAAUGACAUCAUAGAGAGCUCUCUACAGGUUAUCAUCACAUGCUGUUCAUUUUUUUUCUCUCCAAAGCUUCAUUGUCAUGACCAAGAGGUGCCAACUAUUGUAAUUUAUCAUAGUCAAAUAGUACUAGCAUUGGAUUAUCGAUGUAUUUGCAUUUGCAAUAAACUAGCAUUUUUGCUACUAAAUGCGGUGAAAGCUACUAAACCAUACCAACACAUUACAGACACAUCACGUUAGGUUUUUCCCACUCCUAUGCCUGAAGAUCCUGUACAGGCUCUAGAUUAGUGUCCAUUCCUAAAACCAAGCAUGAUUAAAUAGGCAUGUAGAAAACAUCACCUCCUGCACAAAUGGAAUGGAAUUUUAACAAGUACACAUAGCUUCCAAACGCAGUUUAUUUUUCAUGCGUGACUUAAAUAGAGUAGGCAGAUACUGCAGC